AUGGAAUGUCUUGACUUGACCGGUCAGAGUAAUGAAAGGCAGUAUAGAAAUAAAGAUUAUUCCGCAGAAGGAGAAGGAGCUGGAAAACGACCAAAACGAAAGUGCCUUCAGUGGCAUCCAUUGCUAGCAAAGAAACUUCUUGACUUUUCAGAAGAGGAAGAAGAGGAAGACGAAGAGGAGGAUAUUGAUAAGGUUCAACUUGUUGGGGCCGCGGGUCUAGAGCAAGAUGGUGAAACUGAAGAUGAUGAAUCACCAGAACAGCGAGCCCGGAGACCAAUGAAUGCAUUUCUCUUAUUUUGCAAACGUCAUCGCUCUCUUGUACGUCAGGAACACAGGAACAGGCUUGAUAACCGAGGUGCUACCAAGAUACUAGCUGAUUGGUGGGCUGUUCUCGAUCCAAAGGAAAAGCAGAAAUACACAGACAUGGCCAAGGAGUAUAAACAUGCAUUUAUGAAAGCAAAUCCUGGCUACAAAUGGUGUGCUACCACAAACAAGCCUGUGAAAUCCCCAACAUCCACUGUCAAUCCACGGGAGAAACUAUGGGCCUUCCCAUCUGACUCUUCAAGAGACUUGCCAAGCCCCAAGAAAACAAAGCCUGAAGAAAUGCCUCAGCUUGACUUUGGGAUGGCUAAUCCUACUCAAAUGGGAGGCCUGAGCAUGCUGCUUUUAGCUGGAGAACAUGUUCUUGGUACACCAGAGAUAUCCUCUGGCACUUGCAGGCCUGAUGUUUCAGAAUCCUCUGAAUUGCGUCAGAAGUCACCAUUAUUUCAGUUUGCCGAGAUAUCUUUAGGUACCUCCCACCCUGAUGUUCCGUCAAAACAAUGUCAAGCAUCAGCCUUGUUUCAGUUUGCAGAGAUCUGUUCGAAGACUUCACAGUUGGGCGGUGCUGAACCUGUAAAACGCUGUGGAGAGUCUGCACUCUUUCAACUUGCAGAGAUGUGCCUGGCAUCAGAGGGGGUGAAAAUGGAAGAAUCAAAGCUAAUAAAAGCCAAAGAAUCAGAUGGCGGAAGAAUUCAAGAACUGGAGAAGGGCAAGGAAGAAAGAGAAAUGAAAAUGGAGAAAAUAGAUGAAGCCAGGUUCCAGAAAGAAGCAGAAUUUGAAAAAUCAGCUAAGGAAAAUGUAAGAGAUUCUAAGGAAUUAAGAAAUUUUGAGGAGCUGCGAAUGGAUGAUAUAAUGGGUAUAAAAAUGGAAGCUCCUAAAGCAAUUAAAAAGGAAGAAUUAGAGGAAGAUCAAAAAUGUAGUCACUUCCCUGAUUUUUCUUACUCUGGCAGUAGCAAGAUAAUAAUAAGUGAUGUUCCCAGUAGGAAGGAUCACAUGUGCCAUUCUCAUGGCAUUAGGAUCAUCGAGGAUCCCACAGCGUUAAGCAAACCAGAAAAGCUAAAAAAGGAAACGAAGAAAACCAAAAUGGAUCGACAUGGAAAUGAUAAAUCCACACCCAAGAAGACUUGCAAAAAGAGGCAGUCCUCGGAAUCUGAUAUCGAGAGUGUCAUGUACACCAUUGAAGCUGUUGCAAAGGGAGACUGGGGCAUCGAGAAGCUUGGAGAUACCCCUCGCAAGCAGGUGCAUACAUCCUCGAGUGGCAAGGGAAGCAUUUUGGAUGCCAAGCCACCAACGAAGAGAGUGAAAUCAAGAGAGAAGAAAAUGUCAAAGGAGAAAUCCUCAGACACCACCCAAGAGUCAAGACCUCAAGAUUUUAUCAGUAUUUCUGCCAGCAAGAACAUUUCUGGUGAGGUCCCAGAGGGUAUAAAAGCAGAACCUUUGACCCCUACGGAGGAUGCAUUACCACCCAGUCUAUCGGGACAGGCCAAGCCUGAGGACAGUGAGUGUCACAGAAAAAUAGAGACUUGUGGCUCCCGGAAAUCUGAGAGGUCUUGCAAAGGUGCUCUUUAUAAAACCCUGGUGUCUGAGGGUAUGCUCACCUCUCUGCGAGCUAAUGUUGGCAGAGGGAAACGAAGGUCAGGAAAAGGAAAGUCCUCUGAUCAUGAAGAGUGUUGGCAUGAAGAAAGCUGGACAUUUCACCAGAGUGGGACCAGUGGAAGCAAGAAGUUCAAGAAGACAAAGCCAAAGGAAGACUCUCUCCUUGGCUCAGCAAAGCUGGAUGAAGAAUUUGAAAAGAAAUUCAACAGCUUCCCUCAGUAUAGUCCUGUUACAUUUGACCAGAAAUGUGUACCUGUCCCAAGAAAAAAGAAGAAGAGCGGACAUAUUUCCUCAGAACCGACCCAAACCAGCAAAGGUCCUUUCCAGUCUCAGAAAAAGAACUUAUUCCACAAAAUUGUCAGCAAAUACAAGCACAAAAAGGAGAAGCCUAAUGUUCCGGAAAAAGGAAGUGGGGAUAAAUGGUCAAACAAGCAACUCUUCUUGGCUGCCAUUCACCCUACAGAAGCCAUAUUUUCAGAAGACAGAAACACCACAGAGCCUGCUUAUAAGGUUACAAAUGCCCCAUCCAUUCCCAACACUCCAGAGCCAACAAGAGCGCAAGAAUCCUUCGUGGGCAGUCAAAAGAGAAAAGCAAGGAAAACCAAGAUCACACACCUUGUCAGGACAGCAGAUGGCCGGGUAUCACCAGCAGGCGGUACUUUGGAUGACAAACCAAAGGAACAACUGCAGAGGAGUCUUGCUAAGGUGACCGAGACAGGCUGCAAUGACGAGUGCUCACACAACCGAGAGGCCACGGAGACGCGGAGCAGCACCCCGGAGAUGCCCGCCGUGUCUGCGUUCUUCAGCCUCGCUGUGCCGGCCGAAGUGGCUGCCAUGAACAUGCAUAGAAGUCAGAGAUCAACUCUGCUCCCCCAUGAUGGACAGCCAAAAGAAAUGCCCCCGACUCCUGUACUUAUUUCUUGCGCUGACCGGUGA